CAUCAUCACAUCAUCAGGCUCAACAUGUCAUCCGCUUUGAGUCAUGAUGCAAUGUCAAAUGAAGAUCAAGAGACGACAGAAUAGCAUGAUGGAACAAAGAGAUCCAAACCCAAAACGAAAGAUGAAGCCCGCCAGAUUGAUGAGUCUAGGCAACCCAAAAGCAUUCGAACAAGAAGGUAUUUCAAGCACAGAUUCCGAUCAAACAAAAAGAGCAAGUUUUGAAGAUGAUGUAAAGACACCUUUAGCCUCUUCUUCUUCUCCAUUUGCAAUCAAACGUUCAUUCUCCUACAAAAGAAGACAAUCUUCUCCAACCGGUUUAUCACAAAAAUUAUUACGGGAACAACAACAAGAACAAAGGCGUAGACAAAGUUUAGCGGGUGCAAAACCUGUUGCGCCUUCUUGGCAUCCAAACGCCCCCGAUGGUUUAAAAGUUCAACCUCCUCCGGACGCAUUAUUAUUGCCUGAUUUACCUGUGGCCGGAAUCGCUUCUUCUUCUUCUCACACAAAGGAUGCUCAUUCAAAUACAUCAAAUAUGGGUGCUUGGUCAAUCACAGAUCGAAUCAUACAUUCUUCCACUCCAGCUCCAAAAUUAGAAUCGGAAAAGGUGUUGCAAUCCGAAUCUGUCAAGUUACAAAGGCCAAGUAUAAAGGUCCGCGUGAUCACUUGGAAUCAAGGCAACAGCGUACCACGAGGAGAUCUGAGUGUAUUGUUAGGUAGAGUGGGAGAAUAUAUUCCACCUGAAGCAGGCUGGGAUGAAAGUAGCGACGAAGAAGACGAAGAUGACAAAACCCUCAAUCCUGAGAAGCCAAGCAAACGGAAGCAUAGAGGGAUGGGUGUAUCAGGACAAGAAGGAAUACCACGCAAAGAUCGCAUACCACCACUACCACACGAUGAUGCUCACCCAUAUCAUAUCAUCGUUAUUGCAGGUCAAGAAUGCCCUUGGGGUGAUGGUAAACGCAUUUCAACUGGUGUGGGAAUGGCAGGAGAGCUGGGCGCUUUGGGCAGGAGUAAGAGUAGAGCACAUGACCUUGCAAAAGAACGGGAAAGAGAAGCCAAAGCAAAGGACAAAGAACCAGCCGAAGGAGCAGAGAUGCCAAAAACGCCUGGCCUUGUGGUAACCAAUGAAGAAGAUCCGUUCAAUGAUGUUUAUCCACUUUCAGCAAAAGAUCAUGCUUCCACUGCUCACAAUCUCAAAGGACGUGGAGGAAGAGGUUGGAGUGAAAUGUGUGAAGAUUGGCUUUGUCGAGGUCCGCUCGCUCAAGCAACGGCAACAAAAGGUCUCGCAAUGGCAACUGCGGGAGCUUCUAGUCAUAGCAACAGUCUGCCUUAUCCUGCUUCUGCUACACAUACACCUGAAGAUGGUCAAUCGCCUUCUGGAUCGAGAUCGCCGACUCCUCAACCUUCCGAUAGAAGUAUUCUACCUCCGAUCAUCACCAAUGGCAUCUCUACUCCGAAGAGUCUUCUAAGCCCAGACUCGUCCUCUUCGCAUCUACCCUUCUCGCCUUCUGCCUCUUCACUACCGAUUGCUAUCAACGACAAAGGUGAAACGCCCACUACCAAACGAUCCAGUUUAAUGGUGCCAAAACGAGUGAUGAGAACUCUGUCCAAACAACGUCUAGAUGAAGCAUCAAGAAAGAUAUCAAACUCUCCUCUAUCUCCAACGCAGAUAGGACUGGGAAUAGCGGGAGCAGAUGAAAGUGCAUUGGAACGAGCAGGCAUUCAUCAAUCCAGUUCACCUCCAAAACGUCCAAGAUCUCCGCUCAAACAAUCGAUAGAUGUACAUCUACGGAAUAUGAACGGAAAUGAAUCAAAUGAAGUCGUAGACGGUUCAGCAAAUGCGCCGUUUUUGCCACUUUCACAUUCUGCCUCUAAUUCAUCAGCUGCAGCUGCUGCCGCAAGAAGAUCAAAUCAUCGUUUGGCAAUUCGAAUUCCAGGUCUUUCAGGAGCACAUCAUGUCACCGUACAAAGUGAUGGUACUCCAUUAUCAUUUGGAGCGUAUGAAUUAGUGUCCAAAGAGCGUUGUUAUAUGAUGUAUACGGCUGUGUAUGUUUGGAGAGGAUGCUUGGACAGAGUACGUGGAUGCAGUCAAGGUCACGUCAAGAGUGGCUUACUUGCUGGGAGAGUAGGAAACAAAGGGGCAGUGGGCAUCUCACUAAAAUUAGGUUCUACCAGACUUUUAUUCGUCAACGCACAUUUGGCAGCACACGAAGGAAAGGUAGCAGAACGAAUAGCCAAUGUUGAAAAGAUUAAAAAGGAACUCAAAGUGGAUACAUUUUUACCCAAAGAUGAUCCACGAAACGAUGAUGAUGAUCUGACAAGCUGUUUUGAUUAUGCCUUUUGGUUUGGCGAUUUGAAUUUCCGUGUGGAUAUUACCCGUCAACAUGCUGAUUGGUUGAUCAAAAAGCAGCAAUACGAUCAUGCACUUGCUUUCGAUCAGCUUAAGAAAAUCAUGCGGGAGCAACCUCAUAUAUUCAACGGGUUCAAAGAAGCACCGAUCAAGUUUCCCCCAACGUUCAAGUAUGAUGUUCUCAAAACCAUCAAAGCGAAAAAGAACGAGGAUCGUGCUGCUGCAAAAAGGCGAAAAGAUGCGGGAGCGGACAUCUUUCCCAGUGGCUCGGCAAAUGAAUCGGGUGAUCGAUCAUUCGAUACCCUCGAGCCUGCCACACCGAUUGCACCCCCUUCUUCUUCGGGACAUCAUUCGCACGAUCAAGAUGAUGACGAUACAAGUUCGCUUUCAUCAAAUCUGCAUUCGUCUUCUGCUGGCAAUAUUUCUGAAGCGGAUGAAUCGAGCAAUGCUACGUCACCUAGCUCACCUUCUGAUCCUGUUGUUGCGCAGAAUACAGCUGCAGCAGAAGGAUUAGGUGUACAUGGUAAAGUGAUCAAAGCAAGAAAGAGGAUCUUUAGUGUAGUUCAAUCGGCUGUUGGAGCGGUAAACCAUCAUGGCCAUCACGACCAAAAUGCCAAAAAGUUUAACAGCAAAGACAUCAACGGUGCACGAUUUCGCACUUCUUCGGCAGGUUCUCAAAUUCAGGACGAGACACGAAAUGGACAAAAGAAUGGAAGAUUAUAUUCUUCUGCUGAUGAACAACACGUUCCGGUGCGUAAAAUAAUCACGAAUGAAUCCAACAAGUCAAAUGCGUCACACGGCAGUAUAAUCAAAUCGCCCAGUCAAGCAAGCUCUCUCAUCUUUCAGCCUAUGAGCGGAGAAGCGGGAACGAGUAAUAUACCAGGAUUAGUUCAAGCUCCUAGAAGAUCGAGCGCAAUAACAUUUGCCGAUCAAAAUACCGAAGCCAAUGGUGCCGAACUAUCUGUUGAACAGCAACCGUACGACACGAGUGCCAAACAGCGUGUACCAUCCUGGUGCGAUCGUGUUUUAUGGAAAUCAAAUGUGCCUGUAGAAGCUGACAAAGAAGAUGAGCAGGAGGGAUUACAUACCGCCAGUUCUCGACCUAGCAAAUUCACAACUGCACUAACAAAUGCUUUCUCUCGCUUGCAUGGAAGACAAGAUUAUGCAACGCAACAUUCUGCUGGUACUGUGGAAGGAUACCCUAGAUCAUCGAAUGAUCAAAAGAUCGAGAGAUGCGAAUGUUGGAAGGUAGAUCGGAUCAUAGGCCGGUCAUCUUUGUUGGAUCGAUUGGUGUUGGGGUCUCAUCGCCUAAAGCGCCAAAAUGGAGACUGUCCCCGUCAUGAUGUUGGUACUACUUUAUACGAUUAUACCUAUUCUGCAUCUACAAUCUUGGUUGACUGUUGUAUUUUAGCGGGAGGUCCUUGCUGUUCUCUUGCAUAAAUUGCCUUGGCUGCUUUAGCGCAUAAUUUAUGCCCAUUGCUCCUAUUCAAUGCCGUGUAAAGAUGUGAUUACUAGGAGUACACUUUAAUUCUUUGUUCAUCAACAAAUGUCAAUCAAAUACAGGAGAGCGUUGUUGAUCUUUGUCAUUCAAUAUUACGUAUGUGGAUCCUCAUUUC